UGUCAUCUAUACAAACAUUCAAAUGUACGCGGCUUUUUGUGCGUAGGAAUUCGUCGCCAUCGUAUGUUUGGGUUGACCCGUUGCGAGGGCUUUCAUUAAGUAGUACUCUUUUGGCCAUUUAAUUGUGAUUGAAAUUGUUUGUGCCUAGUGGUCCCAUCAUGUCGGAAAUAGUGUCGUGCGCCAAGGAUACACAGCUUCAUAGCUUUCCAAGGCUGGAGCAGCUUGCCAGCAGUGUGCAUGUCGGUAAUGAUGGAUCUUACUGCCAUUUUUUCGGUUCAUCAAAACUGUUCGUACGGGCUAACAAAGACUGGGGUAUCGAGCUGUUGCGGAUCAAACCGACUGCAGACCAGCCGGAUGGCGGUGAUAAAAUGGGAGGCAGUGAUCGCACAAUUGCGAACGUGAAGAAGAUCAUGAUCGACAAUCUUUACUGUGUUGCCUGUCCGAAAACAGCUGGGAAAGAGGAGAUUGCGAUCGGACUGACGACCGGUACGGUGCGGUUAAUGAAUUACAAGAAGGCAAACUUCACGAAGCGGUUCGAUAAUGAUAGGAUCACCAUCGGCGUAACGUUUAUGGACUUUAAUGCGACUGACGAUUUUUUAGCCACUGUUUAUGAGAAUGGGCUCGUUAAUGUAUAUGGAAUGAAGACAAGUUCUAAGCUGCACACAUUAGCAUUCGACAAGAAUACCGUGAAGGCACGAUUUCAUCCAACAAAGAGAUUCUCCAUGGCUGUAGCCUCCUACAACGGUGCCGUGCUGCUGUAUGACACACAAACGAAGAAAACAAUCUUCUCACAAUCUUCGGCCCAUGCUGCACCAUGCCGCGAUAUAGCGAUGGUUGAAUCACAUCCCGAUUACCUGUUUUCAGUAGGCUAUGAUAAUGUGAUUAAUAUUUUCGAUACGCGAAGGAAGGAAACGGCGUCACAAAUUCAGUCAAACUAUCCCUUCGAAUCGCUGGCGAUCGCGGAAGAUGGUAUUCACUUUGGUGUGGGCAAUCUGAAAGGUUACGUGUACGGAUACGAUCUGCGCAACCUGAAGGAUCCGCUGAAUAUGCAGAAGAUUCAUCAGAGCUGUGUAAAUAGUAUUGCAUUUGUACCACAAUCACGUGAUGGCUCAAACCGACGCAGCAUGAUCGAGUUGGAUGAAUCGAAGAAGGCGACAAAAAGUGUGCGCAUCAGUGAAGGGGGCCAGACCAAUCAGCGGGAACAGCUGCACCGUCCCGAUCGACUAACGCAGAACGACGGUCAAACCCGUUUUAGUGGAUUAGAACAGCAAGACAGUUUUAUAGGUGAGAUCGAUCUAUUUCUACAACGUCGUGAAGGGCCGAUCGAUUGUCUGUCCCGGUUGAGUACAUCAUCCCGGCUGAGCACAGAAUCGCGCAACAGCAUGCAGAUGGGAGGGAACAAUUUGAUGGGAUUUCUGGAUGAACUAUCUGACUGUCAUAUUGAUCUGGAAACGGUCGAAUCGGAGGGUCAGUCAGUCAGCGACACAACACCAGGUGUGGACGAUAGCUUCGUAAAUGUGAACCGUUUGCUUAAACGUGCUAAAGGUGACGUUUCGCGAUCAAACAUCGGCGGUGAUCGUAUGUUUAGUAAAGGACUAGGUUUAGUCGAUAAUUUGGAAAAGAUUCGCGAAGAAGGCUCAGAGGUUGGGGACGGUACGAGUGAAGCGACUCCGAGCAGGAGCAGUGAUUCGGCGAGCAAUAGCAACAUCGCUCAAAACAACACACCAAGAAUUCUGGCAGAAAGUCAACAGGAGAACACAGUCGCCUCGCUAGUUGACACGAAAAGGAUCGUUUCGAACGAAACGGAAUCGAUCGGUGAUAGCAAAUCGGAUAAGGAAAAUCGAUCACGUCUUUCGGUGGUUAGCAUCAAGCAGGAAGAAUACAUCUCAACGGUGGAAGCUUCUCCGCAAGUUCCCGCAGUAAGCACGGUAAAACAACGAAAGGAUUCUGCCAUGUCUGUCCGGCAUUGGGAAGAAUCAUCAGUUCGCGAAGAUAUUGCCGAACUACGGAAAGCAAUGAUGGAACAGUUUGAGCAGUCCACGUUGCGACAAUUAGAUGCCGAGCAAGCCAUGAGAAGUCAUUUGUGGAUGUGUAUGUUUAAUCUGUGGCGCGAAACACAAAGCAAGCUGGAAUCGUUGGAGCAGUACGUUAGCACCGGGUUGGGACUGUUACUGCCGAGGGAUGAGUUUGCGCAACAGUUUCUCAGCAUGCGGGAGGAAAAUGAAGCUUUAAAAGCACGAUUGAAACAACUGGAAGAAGAAGGUGGCGGAAAGCGGUCGUAAGAAAAAGGGAAGUAAAAAUCCAUUGUACCAUAUGUAUCAGAUUCAGCAAGAUUGUGCUCAAAUGUAUUGGAUAUUUAUGUAAA